CGCGGCGGGGCCGCCAUGGCGGGUGCCGGGGGAGCCGCGGCCGCCGCCGCGCGAGGGCUGGCGCGAGCGGGAACGGGGGCGCGCGCCGCGGGGCGGAGGCGGCCACUGGAUCCCGAGAAGACACUGGGGCUGCUGGAGGGCUCCGUGGUGCACCAGGAAGGAGCCCUGCUGGCACUGAACAAGCCCACGGGCCUGCCUGUCCUGGGACAGCCUGGGGAGCUGAGCCUGGAUGCACUGCUGCCAGUGCUGAGACGACGGCUGGGCCUCCCUGCUGAGUUCCACGUGGUGAAGGCUCCCGCCAGGCAGUGCUCUGGCCUCGUCCUCCUGUCCAGCUGCUACCAUACCACUAAGAAGCUCCAGCAGUUCUUCACCAGAGCCCGCCAGAGAGGACAAUACCCUGCCACAUACUGCGCUGUCACCGUGGGAGUCCCAGCAGAGGCAGAGGGCGAGAUCCGCACUGGGCUGUGUUGGCAGCAGCAGGGUGACACUGCCAUGGUAAGGGAGUGCCGGGGUGCUGGGGGUGCGCAAGGUGCCCUGAGGAGUGCUGAGGGCUGUGCUUCACAGGUGGUGCCAGUGCCAGCCCCGGGACGCCACAGCCUGGCCAGGAAGGAGGUGAAGAACACCCUGACACGCUACCGGGUCCUUGGUGCCAGGGGUGGCUGUGCCCUCCUGCAGCUCCAGCCCAAGACAACCUUCCCAGAACAGCUCCAGGUACACCUGACGCUGCUGCUGUGCCCAGCGCUGGGUGACCACGAGCACUCCUCCCGCGUGGGCAGUGUCCUGAGGGUGCCCUUCCUGCUGACCCCCGAGGCCGCCCCAACCCGCACACAGGUGCUGGAUGAGGAGUUGCUGUCCCAGCUGGGACUUUCGCCGCAGCAGCUCCGUCACCUCCCACUCCACAUCCACCUUCAGGAGCUUGUGCUGCCUGAGGGCCCCCUCUGUGCACCCCCACCACCCCACUUCCUGCGGACCCUGCGAUGCCUGGGGCUGCCCGAGUGCCCUAGUGCCUCAAGGGGAUCCCCACCCCACAGCUCUUUGCCAGCCCAUUAAAAUCCCCACCUGCAGCUGGAGUGGCUCAAAGCCCA